AUGGGUGUCGCUACUUCUUCGUGGGAUACAAAUAAACGUUUAGGAGAUGAUUCUUUCAGCUGGACUGUAAGACUCUACGGUCAGCAGACCAAUUAUGAGUUUACUGGAUUGAGGCAUGAUAGUAAAUCUUUGCCUUAUCACAAUAUAUUUCCUGAUGGUACACGUGUUGGUGCAUUGUUGGAUUUGAACCAAGGUACUCUAGAAUAUGUUGUUGAUGGAAUUGGUUGUCAAGAAUCACCAUCAAUUUUACUUGUUGAUCUACUUCAAUUUCACAAUCCAACAGGUAUUACAACAAAUGGUCAAUGUUGUGAUGGUUCAUUUCCUUCGUCAAGUUUUUGUCCUAUGUCAACAUCCUGUCAUCUAAAUACAAUUGUCUGUUUGGAUUUCAUCAAUAGCGAACUUCAAACAAAUUGGACUUUAUGUCCAUUGGGAACAAAAUCAAUCCGAACAAAAAUAAAUAAUACUAACUUAUUUAAUUAUUAUUCAAUAAAAAAUUUAACUGAUAUUUUACCAUUACAAUUUGAAUUACCACAAAUAAAUGAUAAUUCAAUUGAUAUAAAAAUAUUUGUUUUUUAUGAUAAUAUGAAUAUGUUACUGAAUUAUUUCUAUACAACAUUUCGUAUUGACAUGUCAUAUUCAUCAUCAACUGAUGGAGUAUUUCAACAAUUAACAUUGAUCGAUCUAUCAAAAAAACAAUCAAAUAUAAAUCAAAUGAUUAUUGGUUUAAAAAGUUAUUGUCGACCAACAUUUUAUGGCAAACAAUGUUCAAUUCAAUGUAUUCCAAAUGAUGAUUGUACAAGUUCAUAUACUUGUAAUCUAAUAACAGGUCAAAAGAUUUGUUCAUCAGGUUGGUAUGGAAGUGAAUGUUCAAUGCGUGAUACAUCUUCGACAUGUUUAUCAUCUGGAUUAACUUGUUACAAUGGUGGUUUUUGUCGAAAUAAUCAAUCAACAUGUUGCUGUCCUAUUGGCUAUAUUGGUUCAAAUUGUCAAUAUCUUUCAACAUGCACAUCCAGUCAAACUUGUUUAAAUGGUGGUUCAUGUAGUCCAAUUUAUGAUAAUAUUUCACGAACACAUUAUUUUGUUUGCAAUUGUCCGCAUGGUUAUAUGGGUUUGCACUGUCAAGAAAAACAACAAUGUCCAUCAUCAUUCUAUGGUUUUAAUUGUACAAUACAAUGUUCACCAUCAAAUUCAUGUUCUCAGGGACAUUUUGUUUGUAAUUCAAAAGGAGAAAAAACUUGUUUAAAUGGUUGGGGUCCAAAUGAUACAUGUACACAAAAGAUGAUUGCGCCUAUAUUUGAUCCUGAAUGUCCAACUCCAACAGGUUGUCUAAAUGGUGGUUCGUGUUUUAAUGGUUCAUGUUGUUGUCCACCUACUUAUACAGGACGUCUAUGUGAAAUAUCUAUUGAUCCUUGUGCAAAUAAUCCUUGUCAAAAUAAUGCUUUAUGUUUAUCGACGUCUACUGGAUACAAAUGUUUAUGUUCAAAUUCUGUUUAUACAGGUUCAUUAUGUGAAAUAAAUCAAAAUCCAUGUCAAUAUUCACCAUGUCAAAAUGGUAUUUGUCAAUUAUUAGAUAAUACAAGUUCAUUUAGUUGUAUUUGCUAUCCUGGUUACACAGGACAAUUUUGUCAUAUUAAAAUUAAUUAUUGUUUAUCACAACCAUGUGAAAAUAAUGGAAUAUGUGCUAAUGUAGCAACAGGUUUUGUUUGUACUUGUUCAGUAGAUUUUACUGGAACAACUUGUUCAAUUCGAAUGAAUACAUGUUUUAAUCAAACUUGUUUUGAUAAUAAUAUAAUUCAUUGUCAACAAGGUUUUACAGAUCCUCCGAAUUGUAUAGAAGAUAUAAAUGAAUGUUUAUUAGAAAAUGAACCAUGUAAAAACGGUGGUGACUGUAUAAAUACAAUUGGUAGUUAUUAUUGUCAAUGUAAUGAACAUUAUCAAGGAAAUGAUUGUAGUAUUCCAAUUGAUUCAUGUAUAAGUAAUCCAUGUAUUGCAUCAAAUUCAAUAUCAUGUACAUCAGUUAUAAGUGAUACGAAUUCAAUUGAUUUUAAUUGUACAUGUCGUGUAGGAUUUACUGGGACUCAUUGUGAAAUUGAAUUAAAUCCAUGUAUGAAUAAUCCAUGUUUAUAUGGAACAUGUAUUGAAUUAACACCAUCGACAUGGUCUUGUACUUGUGAACCUGGCUGGACUGGAAUUGAAUGUAAAGAUAGUAUUAAUGAAUGUUUAUCUAAUCCAUGUUUAAAUGCCGGUACAUGCAUUGAUGACGUCAAUAAAUAUAAUUGUAAAUGUUUAACGGGUUUUGCGGGUACAAAUUGUCAAAUUGAAAUUAAUUCAUGUUCAAGUAUUCCUUGUCGAAAUAAUGGUACUUGUAUAAAUAAUGUUCAAUCUUAUUCAUGUUUAUGUCCAAUUGGUUGGACAGGAAAUUUCUGUGAAAAAAAUAUCAAUGAAUGUUUAUUUCCAUUAUCAUGUCAUCCAAAUGCGACAUGUAUUGAUUUACCUGGUUCAUAUCAAUGUGUAUGUCCAUCAUGGUUAACAGGAGAAAAUUGUUUAACAGCUAUUGAUCAAUGUGAAACAUUCCCUUGUUUAAAUAAUGGUGUUUGUGUAAAUAAUUUUGGAAGUUUACCUACUUGUCAUUGUCAAUCUGGCUUCACAGGUGUUUAUUGUGAAAUAAAUAUUGAUGAUUGUCAAGCAACGCCUUGCUAUAAUAAUGCAACAUGUAUCGAUCAAACAAAUAGCUUUUUAUGUUUAUGUUCAUCAGGUUAUACAGGUUUACGAUGUCAAACAAUGAUAAGUCAAUGUAAUAGUUUACCCUGUUUAAACGGGGGAACUUGCCGGGAUUUAAAUAUGAAUAAUAAUGAAGAAUAUAUGUGUCUUUGUUCACCAUUUUUUACUGGUCAACAAUGUGAACAAAUAAUAAAUCCAUGUUUAGGUUUUCCUUGUAUACAUGGAAGUUGUAUACCAACAUUACCAUCAUAUAAAUGUCAAUGUAAUCAUGGCUAUACAGGUCACAAUUGUGAAACAAUGAUUGAUCAAUGUUUAUCAAAACCAUGUGGAUUAAAUGGAAAUUGUACAAGUUUAUCAACAAGAUUUAGUUGUUGUUGUGCACCAGGUUAUACAGGAUUAGGAUGCGAACAAUUAAUUGAUGCUUGUGUAACAAAUCCAUGUUCAAUUGAAGGUGUUGAACGUUGCAUGUCAACAGAAACAUCAUCAUUUAAUUGUUUAUGUAAACCAGGAUAUUCUGGUCGAUAUUGUGAAAUAAAUAUAAAUGAAUGUUUAUCUCAACCGUGUUUACAUGGUGGAAUUUGUAUAGAUUUUCAAAAUAGUUAUCAAUGUAUUUGUCCAUUGACUCAUACAGGUAUUAAUUGCGAACAUAUACAAGAUAAAUGUAUAGGAAUACAAUGUUUAAAUGGUGGUCAAUGUAUUAAUAAUGGAGUGAAUUUAACAUGUUUAUGCUCAAAAGGAUAUCAUGGAGAAAAUUGUGAAUUGAUUAUUGAUUAUUGUCAAUCACAACCUUGUUUAAAUGGUGGAAUAUGUUCAAAUACAGAAUUAGGACCCUACUGUACAUGUUCAAAUGGCAUCACAGGUGUAUUCUGUGAGACAAUAAUUGAUCAAUGUCAAUCUGAACCUUGUGAAAAUAAUGGAACAUGUAAAUCAUUAAUUGAUAAAUAUGUUUGUCUCUGUUCGAAUGGUUUUAUGGGAAGCCGAUGUGAAAAUGAAAGAAAUGAAUGUGAACCAGUAAAUCCAUGUUUAAAUUCUGGACGAUGUAUUGAUGGUUUUAGUAAUUUUUCGUGUCUCUGUAAUCCGGGUUUUAUGGGUUAUUAUUGUGAAACUCAAAUUGAUCAAUGUCAAUCAAAUCCUUGUUUAAAUGGUGGAAUUUGUCGAACGUUAAUUAAUAGUUUUAAAUGUGAUUGUCCACAAGGAUAUACAGGAUCGACUUGUUCGUCAAUGAUUAAUCAUUGUUCAAGUAAUCCAUGUUUAAAUAAUGGUUUAUGCAUAUCAUUGAUAAAUGAUUAUCGUUGUGUAUGUCUUCAAGAUUAUAUUGGUUUAAAUUGUGAAAAAACUUCAAAUGAAUGCUUAUUAAAUCCAUGUUUAAAUAAUGCAACAUGUAUAGAUCAAGUUUGGAAUUACACAUGUGAAUGUACAGAUAGUUUUACUGGAUCAAAUUGUCAGAUACAAAAAAAUUAUUGUGAAAGUUCACCAUGUAUUAAUGGAUUGUGUGUCAAUAAAAUCAAUGGAUAUGAUUGCAUAUGUCCUUCAUCAUCAUAUACGGGAGUUCAUUGCGAAAUAGAACAAAAUAGAUGCUCUUCAAAUCCUUGUUUAUUCGGUGGAACUUGUAUUGAUAAUUUAGAUAAUUUUAUGUGUAUUUGUCCACCAUGGUUUUCUGGUUUAACUUGCUCCGAACAAAUUGAUCCAUGUUUAAGUCAAAUAAAUUGUGCACAUAAUGGAACUUGUGUCAAAGAUCUUGAUAUAAAACCAUUUGGAUAUAGAUGUCAAUGUUUACCUGGUUUUAAUGGACAAAUGUGCGAAAUUAAUGUUGAUGAUUGUUUAUCACAACCAUGUAAACAUGGAAGAUGUAUUGAUAAAGUCAAUGGAUUUAUUUGUCAAUGUUAUGAAGGAUAUGAUGGAAUUUUAUGUGACAAUGUAAUUGAUCAAUGUAAAAAUUCACCAUGUGAAAAUAAUGGUAUUUGUCAAUCAUUAAUUAAUACGUAUCAAUGUCAUUGUGUAUCUGAUUAUCAAGGAAAGAAUUGUGAAGAAACAAUAGUAAAACCAUGUUUGACAAACUCUUGUUUAAAUAAUGGUACAUGUAUAUUAAAAUCAGAUAAUGAUUUUCAAUGUAAAUGUUCAUAUGGUUAUACAGGUAAAAAAUGUGAAAUCAAAAUUAAUGCAUGUUAUUCAAAUCCAUGUCAUUAUGGAACAUGUCAUGAAAUUCCAAAUGGAUUUUAUUAUUGUUUAUGUGCAUCAGGUUAUACCGGCUUUAAUUGUCAAAUUGAAAUAAAUCAAUGUGAUAGUUUACCAUGUUUACAUAAUGGCACAUGUUAUAAAUUAUCAUCAAAUAUGUUUAAUUGUACUUGUUCAAUUGGAUAUUCAGGUACACAAUGUCAAUAUGUUGAUUAUCAAUGUAAUUCUAGAUUUUGUUUAAACAAUGGUACAUGUAUAACAAAUAAGGAUGGUUAUCAAUGUGCAUGUCCACUUGGCUUAACAGGUAAUCGUUGUGAAAUUGAUAUAAAUGAAUGUGUAUCAAUGCCAUGUCAAAAUAAUGGAAUUUGUUUACAAUCAAAACUUAAUCAAUAUCAAUGUCUUUGUCCAACUGGUUAUACUGGUGAUCAUUGUGAAACCAAUACUGAUCCAUGUUUAUCAAUGUUUUGUUUAAAUAAUAGUACAUGUAUUCGAACAAGUUUAUCAACAGGCAUAUGUUCAUGUUUAUCCGGAUAUACAGGUUUAUCAUGUCAAAAUCAAAUAAAUACAUGUUUAAGUGCACCAUGUCUCAAUGGUACAUGCAUUCCAUUAGUUAAUUCAUAUCAAUGUAAUUGUUUUCCGGGUUAUACUGGUCAACGAUGUGAUACAAUAAUAAAUUAUUGUUCAUCAAAUCCAUGUUAUAAUAACGGCACAUGCAUAAAUCAAGCAACAUCAUUUGCUUGUCAAUGUCCAUAUGGUUUUCAAGGUCGUACAUGUGUUAUACGUAUACAAUCAUGUCAAUCAUCUCCAUGUUUGAAUGGUGGUACAUGUUAUGAUGUUGCACCUGGUUUACAUAAUUGUUCAUGUCCUAAUUCUUAUCAUGGAGAAUUUUGUCAAUUACGUGAUUCAUUUUGUUUAGAUAUGCCAUGCCAAAAUAAUGGUAUUUGUUUAGAUACAUUAAAUGGUUAUCAAUGUAUGUGUCAACCAGGUUAUAAUGGAAUAAAUUGUACAAAUGAAAUUCAACCAUGUAUUUCAAAUCCAUGUUUAAAUAAUGGUAUAUGUCGAAAUACAAAUAAUGGUCUUAGUUAUCAAUGUUUAUGUGAACAAGGUUAUGCUGGUCUACAAUGUGAAUUUGAAAUCAAUUGGUGUUCAUCAAAUCCAUGUCAAAAUCAAGGAACUUGUAUAUCACAAUUAACAUCAUUUAUUUGUCUUUGUUCAUCAUUAUAUACAGGUAGAAUUUGUCAAACACCAAUAAAUAAUUGUUCAUUAACAACAUGCAAAUAUGGUGUACCACUUGUAUUAAGUUCAACAAGUUGUUCAUGUGUUUGUUCAAAUGGUUAUACGGGUAAUCAUUGUGAUACACCUAUUAAUCCAUGUUUAAAUAAUUCAUAUUGUGUACGUGGUAAUUGUAAUUAUCUUAGUCCUGGUUUAGCUAAUUGUACAUGUCCAAUUGGUUAUAGUGGACUUCGUUGUGAUACAAGAUUAUCAAGUGGUGCAUGUUCAUCAUGUCCUUGUCUAUAUGGACAAUGUCAAACAAUUGAUAAUCUAAAUGAUUAUACUUGUAAUUGCUAUCAAGGUUAUACAGGGAAACAAUGUAAUAUAUCAAUAGAUUUAUGUAAACCAUCACCAUGUUUAUAUGGUCAAUGUUAUUUAAAUGAUAUAAAUGGUUAUGAGUGUAAAUGUUUACCAGGUUCAACUGGUAGAAAUUGUUCAAUAUUAAUUGAUACAUGUAGUUCAAAUCCUUGCUUAAAUAAUGGUGUUUGUAUUCAAGGUUUAAAUACAUAUCAAUGUGUUUGUCAAUCUGGUUAUGCUGGUAUACAUUGUGAAAUAUUAAUUAAUCAAUGUACAUCAUUAAUAUGUUUAAAUAAUGGUACAUGUAUUAAUCUUCCAACAAAACCACCAAGUGCUAAAUGUCAAUGUCCAUCAUUAUAUACGGGUAUUCAAUGCCAAUAUUUAUAUGCACCAUGUACAUCACAACCAUGUGAAAAUUUAGGAACAUGUGUAUCUGAUGGAACAUCUUCAUAUACAUGUAUAUGUCCAAAUGGAUUUUCAGGUAUGAAUUGUGAAGUUAAUGUACAAGUUUGUGAAAGUAGUCCUUGCCAAAAUGGAGGUAAAUGUUCAGAACCAGCACCAUAUUAUUAUAUAUGUCAAUGUCCAUGGCCAUAUUAUGGUAUUAAUUGUGAAUUAAUGUUUAAUCCUUGUUUAAGUUAUCCAUGUCGAGGACCAUCAUCCCAAUGUAUAUCAACACCAAUGUAUCAAAAUUAUACUUGUAUUUGUUCAAAUGGUUUUCAAGGCCCAACAUGUUCAAUACCAAUUGAUCCAUGUCAAUCAAUGCCUUGCUAUACUAGUGGUUCAUGUAUAAGAACAGGAUUAUUAACAUAUGCUUGUUCAUGUCAAGCUGGUUAUCAAGGAAAUAAUUGUGAAAUUGAAAUAAAUCCAUGCGUUAAUUAUUCAUGUAUGAAUGGAAUAGCAAUAAGAACAUCAUUAAUCAAUUGUGAAUGUCAAUGUUCAUAUUCAUAUUAUGGAAAAUUAUGUGAAAUGAAUAUUUGUGAUGAUAAUCCAUGUUUAAUUGGACAAUGUAUUUCAAAUGGAAAUUUUUCUUAUACAUGUAAUUGUCCAGUUGGAUUUCAAUUUAUAAUGGGAGUAUGUGUAGAUAUUAAUGAAUGUAGAACAAUUGCAGGAGUUUGUGGAAAUGGUGGAAGAUGUUUGAAUACAUAUGGAUCAUAUUCAUGUUUUUGUAAAACAGGUUUUUAUGGUAAAAAUUGUGAAAAUUUUGAUCCAUGUCGAUCAAUGCCUUGUGUUAAUGGUGCAACUUGUCUGUCGAAUGAAACUUAUCCUUAUUGGCAAUGUAAUUGUCCCCCAGCUUAUACUGGUUCUCAUUGUGAAACAAUUUCACUUGGUUGUUCAUCAAAUCCAUGUCGAACAGGAACUUGUAUUAAUCUUUUAAAUGGUGAAUAUCAAUGUUUAUGUCCAACUAGUAUUACAGGUAGAAAUUGUGAUACAUCAUUAUUACCAUGUGAUUCAAAUCCAUGUUUAAAUAAUUCAACAUGUUUAACAUUAUCAUUAACAAAUUAUACUUGUGUAUGUCCAACGUUUUAUACUGGUUUAAGAUGUUCUGAACAAAGAAAUCUUUGUUCGAAAACUUCAUGUCAAGGAAAUGCAACAUGUAUUGCUGAUUAUGAUUUAGAAAAAGAAAUUUGUUUAUGUCCAUCUGGACGUUAUGGAACUUAUUGUGAAUUAGUUUCUGCUUGUGAACCAAAUCCAUGUGUACAUGGAACAUGUCAAAAUAAGAAUGAAAAUGCAUUUCAAUGCAUGUGCAAACCUGGAUUUACCGGCAAUACAUGUGAUAUACCAUUUAAUAUAUGUGAUACAAAUCCAUGUGUAAAUGGGGGAACCUGCUCAAAUUUAGGCAAUGGAUUAUAUAUUUGUACUUGUCCACAAGGUUUUACAGAAUCUGAUUGUAGUAUUUCACAUUGUACUAAAAAUAGUUGUUUUAAUGGUGGUAUUUGUUCUAUUCAAAAUAAUUCUCGUCAAUGUCAAUGCCCAUGUGGAUUCACUGGAAGACGAUGUGAAACUCCAUUUGAUAUAUGUUCAUUAACAAUAUGUCAAAAUAAUGGUACUCGAUUGAUGAAUAUAACAAAUUGUCACUGUUCAUGUUUAUGUUCAUCGACAUUUACUGGUCACCUUUGUCAAUUACCAAUCAUACCAAUAAAUAGAACAUAUCCAGGACAAAUUGUAAUUCCAACAAAUCGAUUAGGAGGAUCAUCAUGGGAAAAUAUUUUGCAAUGUAUUGAUCAAGUUUGGAAUAGUCUAAAUGUUUUACUUGUAUGUCCAUCACCAUAUAAUCUUGUUAUUCCAACAUCAUUUUAUCCAUAUUGUUAUCGUACGAAUCAACAAGAUUUCCUCAAGAAUCAACGCGAAGCAAUAAAUGAAUGUAAAAAACAGCAAACUCAAUUAGUUUGGUUUCAAUCUAUUGAUGAAUUAGAACAACAAUUGUUACCAGCUUUAUUUUCUCAUGGAUUAACUCGAGAUUUUUGGACAAGUGGAAUAUAUAAUUUCAAAUCAAAUCGAUGGCAAUGGUUAUUAACAAAUAAUAAUACUCAAAUUGAUAUUAAUCCAUCAAUAAUAAAACAAUUUGAAAUUAAUUCUCUUAAUCAAUCACUUUAUGUUUCAUUUGAUCAAUCAAAAAAUCGCCAUUUAAUCACAAGUUCAUCAUCAGAAGUCUAUUCAACCUUAUGUAAAAUAUCAGCCACGCGUCGUUUGUUAAAUAACCAAACACGUUCUAUUGAUCUUAGUUCAUAUCAAACAACCUCUAUUAAUCAAACUGAAGUUAUUAUUUAUAAUUUUAAUUAUACUAUACUUCCAACCAUACCUCUCAACACACUUAUUCAACAACCAACAGAUUCUCAAUAUGUUUCUACGUGUGGUGCUUUUGGAAAUCCAUCAACAUCUGUUGAACCAUAUAUUAUUGAUAUAUGUGGUUAUUUUCCUUCAAUUGCAAAUCAAAAUGUUCAAUUACUAAUGCAAACAAUUGGUAAAUAUUAUACUAAUUAUCGAAUUUCAAUUAGAUCAAUACAAUCUUAUAUUGCUACACCAUUAAAUAUUGAACAUUAUAUAACAAUAACUGGUAACAUAAUGACACGAAUACAUUUUGUCAUAACAAGUGAAUCAUCAAUAAUUCUUGGUUCAAAUAUUGAACCAUUAGCAUCAAUUAAUGAUAUAUUGAAUACGAUACCUUAUCGAUAUUAUCAACAAUGUGUUCCAUAUAUAUCAUUAAAUAUUCUUUUACGAUUAAAACUAUGUAUUCCAUUAAAUGAAAUUUCAUUGUGGAUUAAUUUAAUUACAAAAGCAGUUUCCGCAGCUACUGGUAAGAAAAUAUUUGUUAUGCGAAAUAUUCAAAUAUUUAAUCUGUUUUUAUUUUUCGUUAAAAAAGCACAAUCAAAUGUCAAUGUUAUAUUUAAAGGUGCUCAAGAAGGUGUUACAACUACUGGACAAUCAGCAAAUAUUGCAUAUUUCUUAAUAACAAUUGAUGGAAUAACAUAUAAUCAAACAAUGAUUAAUAAUCUAUCAAUGAAUUCCAUUCUUCUUUCAACUAUUCAACAAGGAAAUGAAAAAUUAUUAUGCCCAGAAGAAACACAAAUUCUUCUCUUAGAAAAUAGUAUUCGAGAUUUUCAUGCUCCUUGUUCAACUCCACAAAUACUUGAAAGGCAAUUAAAUAAUGCUUUACAUCAAGCUGGAAUUUAUACAAUGAAUGUAAAUAUAUUUGAUAUGGAAGAAGUUGUUGAUAGUUUUGGACAAAUUUAUCGUUUACCAAAUAUCUUCUUACAACAUAUUAAUGGUACUUGGCUUGAUAGUUCACUUGAAUUAAAUAAUGAAUUAUAUGAAAUUUUAAUUUCUAAUCAAAUGCAACGAUUAACAAAUCGUGUUUAUCGUUUAUCAACAUCUUUUUCUUAUUUUUAUUCAAAUUCUUUAUCAAUAAAUGAUCGUAAUUAUUUACAAAAACUUAUUUUAAUUUUAUUUAAUCAACAAAAUUCAAUUAUAAGUAAUGAUGUCAAAAUUUUAUAUGAGGAUUUAUAUUUAAAUAAAACUUCAAUGAAAAUAAUUCGACGUAUUUAUUUAUUUGUUUUUUAUAAUGGACAAGUACUUGAUGGAAGAUAUUUAUCAUCAUUAAUUUUAUCAUCAGAACAAUUUAAUGGAAUUGAUUAUGUACAAAAUCCAUUAAAUUAUAAAUCAAAUCAAAUAUUAAUUGAUGUAAUUAAACAACGUGAUAUACAACAAAUAACAUUUUCAGGAAAGAUAAGUAAACUAUCUGCUGAAAGAAUAUUAAAGGAUUAUUGGCAAAAUCCAAUUAAACAAGAUUUACCAAAUACAAUUGUUGAUAUCAUACAAUUACAAGAAUAUCUAGCCUAUUCAUCGAAUCAAUUUUAUACAACAAUAACAUAUAGAAUUGUUACAUUCGACGAUUAUACUAUUCCAGAUACAUGUUUUAAUGCAAGUUUAUUUCCAACAAUGCAUAGUUUAUGUGAUACGGAAAAUUAUUUUAUGGAACAAGUACCUAUUGGAUAUAUACCGUCAUUUAUUGAUCUAAAAGGAAGUUAUUUACAAUUUGAUCUUGAUGAAGAAAAUUUUCCUGCAUUAAUUACUUCAUCAUUACAACGAAUGGGUAUUAGCGGUGAAAUUUCAUCUAUAUUAACCGAACCACGGUUUGGACUAGAUAUGGCAUUACUAACACGAGUUUAUUACACAAUCAUACCAAAUCAAAUAAUUAGUCAAGAACAAUUGUAUGAUAAAUUGAAGUUGACUUUUUCAACAAUACAAACACGAAAAUAUGAAUUGUAUCCAAUGGAACAAUUAUCUAUUGUACGCACUGAUGCACAUCAAUAUAUCGCCAAUGUUUCAUUACCAAUAAAUGAUUUCAUUCGAAAAGAUACUGAAAAUUAUUUAACAUCGUUUAAUCCACAAUAUGGACAAGCAAAAAUUGUUUAUGCUGAAACUCUUAAUAUUAAUCAAACUCGUUUUUAUUUAACUUUUAUCAACCAAAAAGAAUUAAUUACUCGAUGUGAUUUCAAACUUUAUUAUCCUGGUGUUUCAACAUAUAGAGAAGAAAAUCUUGAAAUGCAUAGUCUUUAUCUUGAACGACAUACUUUCUUUGCUAAAUCAGCUUCACUUAUUGAUAGUCUUACUCAAUUAUGGACAAAUGAAAAUUUAAAUGAAUCAAAAAAUUUAAGUAUUCAAUUACAAAAUCAAAUCCAAUAUAUUUGUUCAGAUGGAAACCGAUCUGUUCGAAUUGAUUAUAUGAUUAAAAAUCUUGCAGUUCAUAAACUAAAAUUACCUUCUAAUUCAGCAUUUGAAAAAGUUUAUGGAAAAUUUUCUAAUAAUUGUAUUUCAUAUGAAGUACGCUCGAUAUAUUUAAUUGAACCACGUUUAUCACAUCGAGAAAUUCAUGAAGCAUUAGAAAAUGCUUGGCGUCAAUCAAAUAAUAAUUUUCCAAUAAAGAUUUCUUCAGAAUUUUUUAUGCAUUCAUCUUAUAUAACAAAUAAAAAUAAAACAUUAACACGUUUAAUUUAUACAAUAAAUUCUAAUACAUUAAGAUUUAUUCAACCAUUACCAAAUUCUAUUCAUUUACCAAGUAUUUAUACAGAUAUUCCAUAUAAACGAUCGACAAUUUAUGUUGAAAAUGAAAUAUUAAAUUCAACAAUAUUAUCCAUGAUUAAUAAGGCAUUACGAUUAAGUUGGUCAAAAGCAAAUAGUUAUCUUUUUUCACCAAAUGAUGUAUUCAUAUCAUCAAUUAAUACUGUACCAUGCGAUAAUGGACAAAUUAAAAUUGAUUAUAUAAUUGGUUUACGAUCUGGUGAUAUUGAUGAUUAUUCUCAACCAUCUGAACAACUUUAUUCACAAAUAUUCAAUGACACUAAUUUAACAACAUUAGUUUAUCUACGUUAUAUACAAAGAAGUAGUAAUGAGAUAUUAUUAAAUACUGAUCAAUUAGCAUUGUUUCCAUUUGAUUCUCGAUCUCAUGGUCCAUUCUAUGCGCCUGAUUGGUGGAUUAUUUUAAUUAUUGUUAUUGCUAUAUUAAUCAUAUGGUUAAUUUUAUGUGUAGUUUGUUAUAUAUGUUUUCGAAAACGAUCAACAAAUCGUUAUCAUCAUAAAAUUUCUAAACGUCCAACAAGACAUAUGGAUAUUCUAGCUCGAGAACAAGAUCAUUAUUUACGUCCAUCAUUAUCUUCAUUAGCAUAUGAUGGACCAUAUGCGGAAUCAUUUAAUUCAUCAGCUGAUGAUCAACAAAGAAUAUCAACAAGAACAAUAUCUUCACAACCUGAAUUACAAGUUCGUCGUUUAUCCGAACAAGAUUGGCCACAUUUUGCAAUGCAUAAUCCAUAUGGAUGGUCAUCACUUCUUUUAAAUUCACCAUCACAUUCAACUAAUUCAAAUCGUCCAUUAUAA